AUGGGCUCUCGCCGUCGUCGCACCACCACCAUAGUGUUGGUGUUCCUCUGCUUCUACUCCGCGCCGCGCGGGGCCUCGUCGCUCUCCUUCAGCCUCAACUUCUCCGACUCCAGCGUCCAAGACCGCGGCGCGUCGAUCAAUUUCAGCAAAGAUGCGUCCAUCAGCCCGUCAAGGCUCGAGCUGACCAAGAACACCCGUGAUGCCAACAUCCAGUACAGCACCGGCCGGGCGUCGUACGUGGGCAAAGUGCCGCUGUGGAACAGCGCAACCGGCGAGAUGGCAAGCUUCACCACCACCUUCUCCUUCCAGAUCACCCCCGACAAGGACAGCCUGCCGAAUACCGGCGACGGGAUGGCCUUCUUCCUCGGGCACUUCCCCUCCGAGAUCCCGCCCAACAGCAACGGCGGCAGCCUCGGCCUCCUCCCGGCCUUCACCAACGGGACAGGCGACAUCCGGAUCGUCGCUGUGGAGUUCGACACUUUCCUCAACCCGCAGAAUGCUGAUAUCAACGGGAACCAUGUCGGCAUCGACGUCAACUCCGUCAACUCCACGGCGUCCACGGACACGACGACCUGGCCGGGCAAGAACCUCACGUCUUCCGCGGUUAUGACCGCAACCGUCAAGUACGACAAUGUCUCCAAGUUGUUGGCCGUUGAUCUCCUAAUCGACGAUGCCUUGUACCAGGUCAACGCAACCGUUGAUCUGAGCAGGCAUUUGCCGGAGGACGUGGCCGUCGGCUUCUCGGCGGCGACCGGCUUGGUUGCCGAGCUUCACCAGAUACUCUCAUGGUCAUUCAGCUCCACUCUGCAGCUGGAAUCCAUCAAGGAAGCGCCUCCACCUGCUGAAUCUCCUCUUCCAACAACCAGCAACAACAGUCACAAAAAAACACUUGUUAUCCUCCUGUCCGUGCUGGUUUCUGUGCUACUGCUACUCCUGUUGGUAUGUGCGGCAGCCGUGGCAUGGCGGCGACACAGGAAAACAAGAUCGACCGGAGCAAACGAGGGUCGCAGUACCGAUAGCGACUCCGAAGAAGAGUCUGUCGACAGAGCUGACUUGGAGAGAGGUGUGGCUGCCGGCGGACCUAGACGGUACACGUACAGCGAGCUCGCCGCCGCAACGAGCAGCUUCGCGGAGGAGGAGAAGCUCGGGCGAGGCGGCUUCGGGAGCGUGUACAGGGGCCACCUGCUCACAGACGUCGGUGGUCGUCCGGUGGCUGUAAAGAUGCUGUCAGCGGAGUCCUCGGCGCAAGGGAGGAAGGAGUUCGAGGCAGAGGUGAGGAUCAUAAGCAGGCUGAAGCAUCGCAACCUCGUCCAGCUGCUGGGUUGGUGCGACAGCCGCAAGGGCCUCCUGCUCGUCUACGAGCUCGUCACCGAGAGCAGCCUCGACAAGCACCUCUACAGCAGCGACAGAUUUCUGACAUGGCCGCAGCGCUACAAGAUAAUCCUUGGCUUGGGAUCCGCGCUGCGCUACCUCCACGGAGAGUGGGAGCAGUGCAUCGUGCACGGCGACAUCAAGCCCAGCAACAUCAUGCUCGACUCGUCGCUCGGCACCAAGCUAGGGGACUUCGGGCUGGCCCGGCUCGUCGACCACGGCACCGGAUUAUGGCAGACCACCAAGGCCGUCCUCGGCACCGCCGGGUACAUCGACCCGGAGUUCGUCAACACGCGCCGGCCAAGCACCGAAUCGGACGUGUACAGCUUCGGCGUCGUCCUCCUGGAGAUCGUCUCGGGCCGGCGGCCGGUGAUCGAAACCCCGGAGAGAUCAUUCACGCUGCUGAGAUGGGUGUGGAGCCUGUACGGAAGGAGCGCGAUCCUGGACGCGGCUGAUGAGAGGCUGAGGGGCGACGAGGCCGACGAGCUGUGGAUGGAGCGCGUGCUCGUCGUCGGGCUCUGGUGCGCGCACCCGGAGCGCAGCGAGCGGCCGUCCGUCGCGCAGGCAAUGCACGUCCUGCAGUCGGAAGAGACCAGGCUGCCGGCGCUCCCGCUGCACAUGUAUAGGACCGUGCAGGAUCCUGCGUCGUCCGGCCCGUACGGAGCAUUCUCAAUUGACAGCUCCGGCGGAGCUCGCUCAUCAUCCAUCAACACCGGUGACACCACUCUUUCUUCAGAUUCCUCGUCAACCGCAUUGUUCCUGUUUUGCCCGUUUUCUUACGAUGGCUUGUGUCAAACUAGAUGA